AAAGCAGUUUUACUUUAAUUGAAUAAACGUGUCUCCUACUGCAAACAUGCCAGACUUAACCGAAAAAAUAGGAUUUAUAGGAGGAGGAAAUAUGGCCAAAGCUAUUUGUGAAGGAAUUGUCACAAAAGGACUUGUUUCUUAUCAGCAAGUGUAUGUAUCUGGUCCUCACCUUGAGCACUUAUCUUGGUGGAAAGAAAAAGAUUGCCAUGUAUAUCAAAACAAUAGUACUGUUGUGAAGGAAGCAGAUGUCAUAUUCAUUUGUGUAAAACCACAUAUAUUUCAAUGUGCUGUAGACCAGAUAUACAGUGAAUUUCCUACUAGUGAUAGCAGACAGCCAUCAAAGUUGUAUCUUUCAGUCAUGGCUGGUAUCUCUUUAAAUCAAUUGAAGUCUACUCUUAAUAAUAUUCAAGGGGAUAGAAUUGUUAGAAUUAUGCCAAAUACACCUAUGACAGUGGGAGAAGGUUGUUCCUUAUUUAGUCCAGGUCAUCUCGCCUUCGAAAAUGACGUGAAAUUAGUCAAUAAACUUCUGUCAGCUACAGGAACUUGUAAACAAGUACCAGAGAAUCUCUUAAAUGCUGCUGGAGCUCUAACUGCCAGUGGACCAGCCUUUAUAUACAUGGCCAUAGAAGCUUUGGCUGAUGGAGCUGUGAAAAUGGGCGUUCCUAGGGAUCUAGCUAGUGCACUAGCAGCUCAGAUGACUUUGGGAGCUGCAAAAAUGGCACGGGAUUCUGGAAAACACACAGGGCAACUAAAAGAUGAAGUGUGCUCUCCUGGAGGGACGACUAUACAAGGUGUGCAUGCUUUAGAAAAGGGAGGAAUGAGGGCAGCUUUUAUAGAUGCUAUAGAAUGUGCUUCUAAACGAGCUGAACAAUUAGGACAAAAAUAAAUUCAUACUUUGAGAACAGUGAUGGUAGAAAUAAAAGGAAGUUGAUUAGUUUAAACCUAACAUGAGAGUCAAGUCUUUUCACAACUUGAUUCACCAAUACUUUAGUAGAUACAGAAGAAAAUGGUUCACGCUAUUCCAUUAUCUUUUAUAUGUAUGCACAUAUACUUUGGUAUGAAAAUUUGCUGAUGAUGGUUAAGAGGACAUUGUAUAGUUAAUUUUUACAUAGCAAUAUAUUUUUCUCUGUACUAAACGUAAAAAGCAAUUUAAAUCAAUAAAAGUUAUAUCCUAG